AUGUUGGUGUUUGCGACGGAUACUUGGUUGCAUGUUGUGACCAAGACAGUUCUUCUCACCCAAUUUUCACCCACAACAUUCGAUAGCGGUAGCUUCAUGUUCAACGAAAACUGCACAAACAUUAACACUACAUCCAAAGGCGGCUGUACUCUAAACAGUGCGGCAGCAAAUACCUUUCUGAUCAAUAGCGAACCAUCACUCGAGCUCCUCGCCAACGUCUCCAGUGCAAAUAUGGUGCAGCAGGUCGCUGACUCUAUAGGCAAAAGCUACGCUUUCGUUGGUCUUCGGCAAACCAAUCAAAAUGCCAACCUAGACUACACGGCUACGUCUUUCGGUGCUUCUUCCCAAUGCCAGAUUGUCACAAAGCAUUGCAUUAGUGAAGACGGCAUUAUCGGUCCUCAGGCCAGCUAUAAUUGCGACUUUGGCCCGGUCCAGGGAGUUAUACCGACCACUCUGGUAAAUUCAAUGGUCCUCACUUACUUCACCGAUCCAUCAAUGAAAAAACUCUUCAUCCCUGGUGUCGCUGCCAAAUCCAUACUAUUUUACCGCCAUUCCAGCGGGCUCCACGGAUCAACUCUUUUCGCAUUGCUUUGUAGUACCAAAGUUCUUGACUGGCGAUACACUUCGAUAAACGGAUCCGUCAAAUCUUUUUCAUACUCGCCGAGCAAUGCAUCUACUACCAAUAUUGUGAUGGGGACUCAAGGAUAUACUCACGUCGGCGAUUCAUAUGUCCUUCAACAAACAAGUCUUGACGUGUGGCAGAGCGACACGGCACAAGAGGUAGCCGACAAAUUUGCGGAAACGUACAGUCGAACCGUCAUGGGUGCAAUCGGAGGAGCUUUACUCUCUGCGCCAGCCGAAGAGGCUCAGUCACGAUCCUCAAAGCUGGUAGCUAAGAUUCCCAAAGGACCCCUUGCAUGUCUACUGGUUGCCAAUUUGAUGCUUGUGAUACUUGGACUAUUUCUUACAGUUCGAGCAUUUUUGGCCUCAAGCAGUGAUGUUGGAGACGUACAAGCGCGACUCGGCAUUACUGCUCUCGUUGCGGCUCAUUUCGAGGCAGAUAAAGGGCAGGUCGCAGUGGAAAAGGUAGAUCAUAUGUUCCAAGAAAGAAAUGGGGGUGACGGACCGCGCGUGACUGUAGAAAGGAGUGCUUUGGGUGGAUGGAAGUUUGCUAGUUACCAGGCUGUAUAUCAUAGCUUGCUUCGGUCGUCCAAGUCACAGCUUAAGUACAUCGCAUAG